AUGUACUCUUUUGAACAGAUCUGGACAGCACUGGAACGAGGGUAUGAUAUUGUACAAGGCAGGCAGCCUUACAGUGGCUGGAACGGUGCCGAUGUACCUCACCACUUUGGCGGCCAUAACUACGCACUCCAAUUCACGCCUGUUGGGGAUGGUGAUUGGGACAACAUGAGGCUAUACCUUCUAGUUCGAGGCCCGGGCCCUUGGGCGGGGCCUACCAGAAAUCCAGGCCCUGAUUGUGUUGUGUUCGAUCUGCGAGGAAGAUACUUCGGUGUUGUAACGCAUAGGGGAGAAAUAAACAAUGAAUUCCACUGGGCUACUCCUACGGACAUCAACGCACGUGCUAUCCGCAUCCCCGGUGUGCCAGGAAUCGAUAACCUCAUCGGGUAUGACAAGCCUGGAUAUUGGAAUAAUAUGUUCUAG